AUGGGCGUGCAAAGGACGGGCAGCUCCCCGGAAGGUCGGGGUAACUGCUCCGGGACCGUGGGGCUCAAGGCCGGUGGGGGCCACGCGGUGUCAAACCCGGGCAGCGUGCAGGGGCCGCCCCCCGCACUACCGGAGCCCGCCCUCCCCUCCCCGUUACCUGCGGGCGGCGGCGCCGGGCCCGGAGGCCUGCUGCUCCUCCUCCUUCUCCCGCCAGGCUGGGGCGGCGAGGCGGCGAGGCGGCGGCGGCGGCCCGGGGGGAGGGGGCGGAGCGCGCGGCUCGCUGCCUCUCUCCUCCCCCGGGAGGCUCAGGGGCCCCUAUCUCGGGCCGCCGCGCCUAGGCCCGUGAGCAGCCUGUGGUUGGGGCAUGGCGGCACAGCCCACCGGCGUGCCCGCGAGGUACAAUCUAAUCCAAAAGGUCAAGAUGAGGAAAUUCUAAAUCAAAAAAGAACUUUAGAAAACCAACAUUUUCCUCCCAAUAUGGAAAGAAGAUCUGGGGCUGAUUUGAGCUGUGACAUCACUGGAAACAGGAAGUUGUGUUUGGCUACGGACAAACUAUUUCAGUGCCCCUGGGACUUACAAGAUGUUUGGAAUGAGGAACGACCAGGUGGAAGACCGAGCCAGAGUCCUCUGAGCCACGGGAGAGAUGAUGAGCCAUGGAGCGGAGUAGGGGCUUUUGGCAGCUCUCAGAAACAGGGUCUUGCCAUGUUGUCGCGGCUCGUCUUGAACUCCUGGGCUCAAGCAAUCCUCCUGCCUCGGCCUCCCAAAAUGCUGGGAUGACAGGUGUGAGCCACCGUGCCCAACCUCACAGUCUGUUUUUACCAGCCCUCUAGAUGAUCAUAAUGAAAGCUUGAGAACCACUGGUCUAGAUCGUGCAAAUGAAAGUUGCCUGAAUGAGUUGGAUUCUGCAGUCUUGUGAGGACCCAGAGCAGGCAGGGAGCCAGCUGCCCAGCACGAGUUCAAGAUGAGCUGACCUGGUUUCAGCCUCCAUCCCUGGGUUCUAGGUCCCUGCCCUUUCCAAAGAAACAAUGAACCAGACCAGACCACUGCAUUGG